AUGGAGAUGCUGGGGAAAAUUUCUGAUGCAAUCACCAAGCAAGAUGAAAAGUAUGUAGACAUGUUGAGGGUUUUGUACAGAGAUCUUGCAAAUGUUAAAACAGAAUUAGAGGAAGCUAAGUCUGCAUUUGAUUUAUUCAAAAGACUGAUAGCACCAGGAAUUUUGAAGCCAACAGACAUUUCUGUUUUGUUUGAAACAAUUGAACUGACUGGAUUGAAAUAUUUAAAGGAGACAAUUGAGAAGUAUGAGAGGUAUCCUGAUAAAGUGGAGAUCAUUCAGUUUUCACCACAUCGUCAACAGGUUGUUGCUCUGGGAAAAGAAUUUUCACUUAAAGAUCUCCAGAAGGUUAGUCAGUUAUACAAGGGCAAUUUUUCUAAUCAAUGGAAACUGAUUCAACACCUUGAAGAUACAUUUGAUUUAACUGAAAAUAGCAUAUUAUCAUUUCUUCAACGUUUGAAGGAGAAUGAUGUAAAUGAAGGUACCGAUUUUAAUCAACUGCUUGUGAAGAUAUCUUAUGCAAUCAGCAAGGAAGAUGAAAAGUAUAUAGAUAUGUUGAGGGUUCUGUACAAAGAUUUUGCAACAAUUACAACAGAAUUGGAGGAAGCUAAGUCUGCCUUUGAUUUAUUUCAAAUACUCAAUGUAGCAGGCAUUUUGAAGCCAACAGACAUUUCAGUUUUGUUUCAAACAAUUGAACUGACUGGAUUAAAGUAUUUGAAGGAGAUAACGGAGAAGUAUGAAACAUACCCAGCGGAAGUGAAAAUUGCUCAAUUUUCGGAACAUCGUCAACGUGUUGUUGAUCUUGGAAAAAAAUUUUCAACCUUAGAUAUUCAAAGGAUUGGUCAGAUGUACAAAGUUCCAGAUGGCUUCUGUUCCAAUUCAUGGAAACUAAUCGCAUUUCUUGAAAGUGAGGGUGUUGUUUCAGAAGUUAACUUUUCAUCGUUUCUCAAGAAUUUUGAAUGUGUUGACAAGUCAAGAAGAUCAAGGUUGGAUGAAGAUGAAGGUAUCAAACAAUUUUUGACAAACAAACUGAAAAGAUUGUAUCGGAACGAAAACCAAAUAACACCAGCAAUCUGGCACAAAAAGCAUGCAGUAGAUAUUGCAGAAGUAUUCACUGAACUCAGCUUACUCAAAUCUGAAAAAGAAGAUGAAGCAAAACUCAAGUCAACAGGUAUAAUACAGGAAGGUAAACAAACAACAUUAAAAAAGGUAUUAGAUGUUAUUAGAUCAAAAGAUUCAUGUAAGUUAUUGAUAACAGGAAAAGGGGGGAUAGGCAAGACUACACUUCUUAAAUAUAUUACUCACAAAUGGGCUACUGAUAAAGAUGAUACUUUUGUUGGUAAAUUACUGUUUUUGAUUAGUAUUGGAAACAUUAGAACAAAAACAAAAUUCUUGGAUGUAAUUUUGGAAAACAUAGAUAUGGAAGAGUAUAGUCUUCAGAACAAUUUGGUUGAAAAUGAUCCAGUUAAAAGAUUCAAAAGAUUCCUGGUCAACCAUGCUGAUGAUGUAGUUAUUUUGUUAGAUGGGUAUGAUGAGUUACAAAAAGAUGCUAAGGACCCUAUAUAUCUGUUCAAAGGUCUUGAAUUAGAAAAAAGUGCUGUAGUGAUAACCUCCCGACCUGAAAACAUAAUUGAUUUGGUAAAAUGUUGUACCGUACAUGUUGAAGUGAAUGGAUUCAGUGAAGGAAACAUAAUGAAGUACAUAACAAAUCAUUUUAACUUCAUUGAAAAAGAAGAUUUGGGGAAAUUACUAUCUCGGACGUUAAGAGGUUAUGAUCAUAAAGAGGCAUUUGAAUUGUGUUCAACCCCACUGUUAUUGCUAAUGAUUUGUACCAUGUGGGAACAAGAGCAACAUCUUCCAAAGGACUUGUCAGAUCUUUUAAAAAAGCUGAUUUGUUCCAUUUUAAGGCAACAUAAAGUCAAGAGUAAUUAUGAAACUGCAGCUGACUUUUCCCAAAUUGAGAGAAUUCCAGAGAAGUAUAGACGUGCGAUUCUGCUAUUAGGAGGAUGUAUGUAUGAAGGGCUAAAGGAAAAUAAAUUGUCUAUUGACAAGUAUGUUUUAUCAGAGAUGAACCAGAAUUCAAAGUCAGAAGUUGAAGUAGAUUUCGCACUGGAACUUGGCUUUGUUUAUGAAGAUCAAGCCCCCGUUAACCGAAGUGACACAAGGGAGAUUUUCAUACCCCCACACAAGCUUAUUUCAGAGACACUAGCGUGUUUGUACCUGACUAACCAAAUUGAAAAAGAAUGUUUGAAAGCUGAUGAAUAUGAGGUGAUAAGGUCUAAUAAAUAUUUAAAUGUGACAAGAGCGUAUACUUUAAAAUUUCUUGGUGCUAAAGCUGGUAAAUUACUGAAUCAUUGGUUAAUAAUCCGGGCUUCAAAUUAUUACUCAAUAGCACAAUGUUUCACAUAUAUCAAGGAUGAAAAUGAAGAAUGCGUAAUGAAUGAAUUAGAUACAAACAUGUCCACUGAAAUGAAAUUAUACUGUGAGAAAAUGUGUGAGACACUUAAAAGUGUUCUUGAAGUUAAAAGACGAAAAAAGGAGCCAUUAUUCAAGCUUAUGAAUAGAUGUUGCAUUGAAUAUGAACGUAAAUGUGAAACACUUGAAGAGAAAAUGGUAUCUUUGGUAGAUACAUCCAGUGAAGAUUCUGUCAGAAAGUCAUGUAGAAGUGUUGUACAUAUCUCGGUUAUAGUACAAGGACUAAAUGAGGGUCAAGUAUAUGGAUUGAAACGACACCAUUUAUUUAGACAUAUUUCAAAUUGGAAGGAUAAUAACAUCGGCAUCCUUUCAGCUGAGAUGAAAUACCUCCAAUUAAAAUAUAGUGACUCUACCAUCAAUUUAGACUUUAAGUUUAAUUCAUCAUUUUUAAUUCAUCUCUUGUCACAUUCUGAUAACCUAUCUACCUUAAAGGUAGCUAAUGAUAGGCUUACUGAGGCUAUACUCAGUGUGGUUACCAAAGAGUUACGCAAAACUCAAGUGAAGUUAAAAUUAACAGAACUUGAUAUAAAUCAUACUGAUCUACAUAAUAUUGAUGGGACAGUACUAGGAAAACUAUUUGAAAUAGCUCCUAAACUAAUUGAUCUAAACAUAAGUAGUUGUAGACUAUCGGGUGAUAUUGUGAGGGCAAUGAUUACAGAAUGUCAGAAUAGUGGAGCUGAAUUAGAAGGAUGCAAGCUUGACAUUAGCAAUAAUGACAUUGAUGAUGCAAUAUUGGGUGAUAUACUUGAAGUGUAUCCUAAUAUAUCCAGUCUUAAAAUAGCUUCAUGUGGGCUUUCGGAGGAAAGUUUUAAUAAGAUGGUGGCUAAUGAAUUUCCUGCAAUUGAAUUAUGUAAACUUGAUUUCAGCCAAAAUGAUCUAAGAAAGUUAGAUGGAGAAAUUUUUGGAAUAUUAUUACAAAAACUUCCCAAACUUAAUCAUUUCAGCAUAAAGAGAUGUAUUUUAUCAGGCAGUAUUUUUAAUGAAAUGAUGGAGAAAUGUAGUAGGAUAAAAGUUGUAUUGAAAGACAACAUGCUUAACUUGAAGGGCAAUGACCUCUCGGAUAUUGAUAGUAGAUCACUUGCAGAGUUAGUCAGGGUGAUGCAUCGGCCUUAUGAUAAUACUUUCACAUGGAAUGAUUAUUCUCUUACAGAUGAUAACAUUAAAAAGCUUGUUCAAUCAGUAAGUGAAAAUAUGACAUUGAAUUGGAGGAGGAUAGAUUUGAGAAAGAUUAACCUAUCUUCAGUCAGUGGUAAAACAUUAGCUCAACUUCUGAAAGUCUCUCCUGACUUACUCUAUAUUGACAUGGGUGUUUGCAGUUUAUCAGGCAGUACUGUUAAUGAAAUGAUGGAAGAAUGUGGUAGGAUGAAUGUAGUAUUGAAAAACAGCAUGCUUAAUCUUGAGGGCAAUGACCUUUCAAAUAUUGAUGGUAAAUCACUUGCAGAGUUAGUCAGGGUAAUGCAUGUUCCAACAUUAUGGUAGGAUUCUCUCGUGGAGCAUUUUUCUACCUCGUAAUAAAAGAGUGGUUGAUAUUGAUGAUGCUUUCAGAUGGAGUGAUUAUUCCCUUAGAGCUGACAACCUAGAGAGGCUGGUGAAAUCCUGUGUAAAUAAAACUUUGAAUUGGA